AACCCUAUGAUUCCAUGUCCCCCCAAUUCCAGGACCCUCCCUGGCCCCAUGACCCCUGACCUUUCAAGUGCUCUCCCUGGACCUUGACCCCUGUGACUAUUCUUCCCAUCAUCCCAUUGACUCUGGCCCUGGCUCCCCUUGGGGGUCUUGUUGGUCUGGGCUUCCCCAGGAAGAUGUGGGGGAGGCUCUGGCCCCUUCUCCUGAGUGUCCUCACAGCAACUGCAGUCCCCGGACCCUCGCCACGAAGACCAUCCAGAGAACUAGAUGCCACCCCACGGAUGACUAUCCCCUAUGAAGAGCUCUCUGGGACCCGGCACUUCAAGGGCCCCGCCCAGAACUACUCAACACUGCUGCUGGAAGAGGCCUCAGCAAGGCUGCUGGUGGGAGCGGGCGCCCUGUUCUCUCUCAAUGCCCACGACAUAGGAGACGGGGCUCACAAAGAGAUCCACUGGGAGGCCUCCCCAGAGAUGCAGAGCAAAUGUCAUCAAAAAGGGAAAAACAAUCAGACCGAGUGCUUCAACCAUGUGCGAUUUCUACAGCGUCUCAAUGCCACCCACCUCUACACGUGUGGGACUCAUGCCUUCCAGCCCCUCUGUGCAGCCAUUGAUGCUGAGGCCUUCACCUUGCCAACCAGCUUCGAGGAGGGGAAGGAGAAGUGUCCUUAUGACCCAGCCCGUGGCUUCACAGGCCUCAUCAUCGAUGGAGGCCUCUACACAGCCACACGGUAUGAAUUCCGGAGCAUUCCUGACAUCCGCCGGAGCCGCCACCCGCACUCCCUGAGGACUGAGGAGGCACCCAUGCACUGGCUCAAUGAUGCUGAGUUUGUGUUCUCCAUCCUGGUGCGGGAGAGCAAGGCCAGUGCGGUGGGUGACGAUGACAAAGUUUACUACUUCUUCACGGAGCGUGCGGCUGAGGAGGGUUCUGGCAGCUUUGCUCAGAGCCGCAACAGCCAUCGUGUGGCCCGUGUGGCCCGUGUGUGCAAAGGAGAUCUGGGAGGGAGGAAGAUCCUACAGAAGAAGUGGACCUCCUUCUUAAAGGCGCGUCUCAUCUGCCACAUUCCACAGUAUGAGACACUACGUGGUGUCUGCAGCCUGGACGCUGACACCUCAGCCCACACACACUUCUAUGCGGCCUUCACGCUGACCACACAGUGGAAGACCCUGGAGGCCUCAGCCAUCUGCCGCUAUGACCUGACGGAGGUGCAAGCUGUCUUUGCAGGCCCCUACAUGGAAUACCAGGAUGGUGUCCGGCGCUGGGGCCGUUAUGAGGGUGGGGUGCCGGAGCCCCGGCCUGGCUCGUGCAUCACAGAUUCAUUGCGCAGCCAAGGCUACAACUCAUCCCAGGACUUGCCAUCGCUGGUCCUGGACUUUGUGAAGUUGCACCCACUGAUGGCUCGGCCCGUGGUGCCCACACGUGGACGGCCCUUGCUGCUCAAGCGCAGCGUGCGUUACACACACCUCACAGGGACACCUGUCACCACGCCUGCUGGACCCACCUAUGACCUGCUCUUUCUGAGCACAGCUGAUGGCUGGAUCCACAAGGCUGUGGUCCUGGGCUCUGGCAUGCACAUUAUCGAAGAGACACAAGUGUUCAAGGAGCCCCAAUCUGUGGAGAAUCUGGUCAUCUCUCCAAUGCAGCAUAGCCUCUAUGUGGGGGCCACUAGUGGAGUCAUCCAACUACCACUGUCCAGCUGUUCCCGCUAUCGCUCCUGCUACGACUGCAUCCUGGCCCGGGACCCUUACUGUGGCUGGGACCCCAGCACUCGUGCCUGCAUGGAGACCAACAUCGUAGUGAACAGGUCUCAGGGUAGCAGGACAGCACUGAUACAGGAUAUAGAGAGAGGAAACCGAGGCUGUGAGGGCAACAGGGACACAGGGCCACCACCACCACCAAUGAAGACACGCACUGUGCUCCGGGGUGACGACGUCCUCCUGCCCUGUGACCAGCCAUCCAACCUGGCCCGGGCCUUGUGGCUGCUCAACGGGAGCCUGGGCCUGAGUGAUGGGCAGGGUGGCUACCGUGUAGGCGUGGAUGGGUUGCUGGUGACAGACACACAGCCUGAGCACAGUGGCAACUAUGAGUGCUACGCUGAGGAGAAUGGCCUCCGCACCCUGCUGACCUCCUACAGCCUCGUGGUACGGCCUGCCACUCCUGCCCCGGCUCCACAAGCCCCUGCCAUGCCUGGGGCACAAUUGGCAUCUGAUGUAAGGCUGCUCUAUGUGCUAGCCAUUGCUGCCCUUGGUGGCCUUUGCCUCAUCCUGGCUUCCUCCCUCCUCUAUGUGGCCUGUCUUCGGGGCGGCAGACGAGGGCACCGACGGAAAUACUCACUGGGCCGGGCUGGCAGGGCAGGGGGCUCUGCUGUGCAGCUGCAGACAGUCUCAGGCCAGUGUCCGGGAGAGGAAGAUGAGGGUGACGAUGGCGAGGGGGCCGGAGGCCUAGAGAGUGGCUGUCUCCAAAUCAUUCCGGGGGAAGGAGCUCCAGCCCCACCUCCACCACCACCACCACCACCACCAGCUGAGCUGACCAAUGGGCUGGUGGCAUUGCCCAGCCGGCUGCGCAGGAUGAAUGGCAACAGCUACAUGCUCCUGAGGCAGAGCAACAAUGGAGUGCCCACAGGGCCCUGCUCCUUCGCUGAGGAGCUCAGCCGCAUUCUGGAGAAGAGGAAGCACACACAGCUCGUAGAGCACCUGGAUGAGAGCUCUGUCUGAGCCCAGCGUCCCAGGACAAAUGCUCUUCCAACCAGCCUGUCUGCCCAGGCUGGGCUGCUGCCUCCCAACACAGCCCUACCUUCACCGCCCCCCACCCCCCAACUCCAGGCCCUUCUAACUUUUGAUGUCCCUAUAGGGCUGGCCAGAGUCAGGCCCAGCCAAAGUCCCCUCAGUCUCCACAGACCCAUCUGUGAGCAGCCCAGGCCAACUGGUUCUCCUCAGAGGUAGGUGCUCCCUCAGGUUCUUCAGCCCCAGCCCCAGUUCCUAUUCCUUUAACCUGAGCACGUGGGAGGAGAGGACCCCAUCCUCCUGCCCAUUCAUCUGCUCAAAUCCUCCCUCUUUCUCUCAGGCAGGGCUUGCAGGUCCAGAUGGCCUCAAUGUCACCAUCCUCCGCAUGGCCCCAUGUGCUGGAUGGUCCUGACACCAGACAAGACCUCUGUAGCCAAAAGAGCCACUUGAGCCCUACGUACAUUCACAUGCACACAUGGAAGAAUGUCUACCAGCUGGGCUGCAGGCCCCCACCCCCACCUUCUGGUGCAUCCUUAUUUUCAUCCCCUUUUCAGGGCUUUGGGUUCCCUCCCAAUUGCCAUAUCCCAUCCUAUCUAGCUAUCUAGUCCUCUUCCCUAGUCCCAGCCCCCUAUGAUGACCUCUGUCAAGAACUUGGGAACAGGCCGGCAGUGGGAGGUAAGACUGUAUCAUUCUCCUCUUCUCCCUUAAUGGGUAGCCCUUACGCAUCAACCUCCCCCCUCCCCCCAUGCCCUUGGUCACUCUCAAGAGUGACAGAGGCAGAGUUCUAGGCAUGUCCCUCACAUACACGUGCUUACAUUUCCACUCACAUGCACCUUAUGAGCCUCCUCUUGCUGCCUCAGACCUGUCUAUCAGGUUUGGUCCAUGGACAUUUCAAAGAGAGAGCCCUCUCUGGUGUAGCUGUCCUUGCAGACACUUCCCUAGGACGGGCAACCCACACUGCACUCAAUGAGCCAGCCUCCCUUUUGGGGACCAAGCAUUUGCUACCCCUAGAUCAGAGCAGGAGGAAGAUCUGAUAACUCACCUGGCACAUGAAGCCCGUUCUUGGAACUAUGCAAAGGGCAGAGGCUGGGAGUUUGGAUGCUUGGCUCCACCCCUGUCCUACCUCACCGGGGCACUUUUAGGGUCCAGUGGCCUCUGAAGUCUCCAGGCCCAAAUGGGACAAUCAAAUCCUGACUGAGCUCCCCCAUUCCUUUGGGUGAGGAUGACUGUUAUUUUUGUAGCUGAGAACGUGGGAUCCCACGGAUUUUUACUGCCCUUCACCCUUCCUCUCCCACCUCUCCCCCACAAUGAAUGUAUUUAUUGUGAGAUGGUUAUACUCUUUAGGAAUGCCGCCAAUCCCCUCCCCCCCUCCCCCCACUCCAGGUGGGUGGAACGGACAUGUGACAGUGGGGAGCCUAGACUCCGCUCCUCCACCCUGUUGGUUAAUAAAUACCCUUUUCCCCAUGAC